AUGCAAGACGAAAAACAAUUUGCACUGAAGUGGAUUGGUACAGAUGAUGUCUACAAAGCACUUCGUCUUGAAGAAAUAAGACGAGUAUUCUCCUACAAGAUGACCAAUCGCACUCAAGGAAAAGACAAAGCUCCAAUCUGCAUUGAACUUAACAAACCACCAUUGGAUCCAGCUUUGGAAGAAGAAAUGAAGCAACUUCGAUAUGCCAUGUUGCUAUCAAAGAUCAAAAACACUUUAGACAAGGAACACCAGAAUGAUCCAAACUGCAAUGUCAGUGGCACGAAGGAUGAGCAUGGACGAGAAAUUGAAGAAGACGAAAGUGACAUGAAUGAGGAAGAUGAAAAUGAUGAUGACGAUGAUGUUGAAGAUGCAGAUGAUGAGCAUGAUGACGAUGAUGAUGACAAUAACAACGAUGAUAAUUUGGGUAAUGCAGGUGUCCAAGGAGCAUAUCCAGAAUAUGACAGUGAUCCAAUAUUGAUCGGUCCUGAUUAUGAUACCUUUCCUCAAAGAUCUCCACUAAGAAAAUUACCCUCUGACAGUGAUGACCCGAAAGAAGCUUCACACCAAGAUCGACAGAUUUCAAAUGAACACCCCGAAGAUCUGUCUGGAGCGAUUGUACCACACAUUCCACUCAUGGACGAGACUCCCAUCAAACGUGAAGCAGCAACUGAGGGAAAAUUGGAAGCCUCGCCUAUUCUCCUCAGCUCAGCAAGUGGUGGAAAAAGGGAAACACCACCUCAGGAUGAACAAAUGGACACAUCACCGACCAACAUUGAAGAAGAAUCAACUCCAGAGUCCCCACGGACUAUCAUGAACCACAUGCGAGAAACUGUUCAUACAGCCGAGACCAUUCAUUUUCAAUAUUUGGUUCUUUGA